UCUACCUGUCACUCACUAUUGGGGCGUGGCUUCCUACUACUGAAUGUCAGCAUGGCUGGGGAACUCGCUGUUAGGCUGCAGUCUCUGAGCGGCCUUUUCCCUGUGUAUAAACCCAAAGGGCCAACCUCAGCGCAGGUCCUCAAUGAUCUGAAGGGCAGGUUGCUGAGAGAAGCUGGUCUGAAGGAAUACGGGAAAAAAAGGAAGCAGACCCUGAAGAUCGGUCAUGGAGGGACUCUGGAUAGUUCUGCGUCUGGCGUGCUGGUAGUCGGAAUUGGAGAUGGAACUAAAAUGCUGGGUACAAUGCUGACUGGGUCAAAGAAAUACACCACAGUUGGGGAGCUGGGAAAAGCCACAGACACACUGGAUGCUUCAGGGACUGUAACGGAAGAGAAACCCUUUGAACACAUCACUGAAGGAGACUUACAGAGGGUGUUGAAGAACUUUACUGGUGACAUCAUGCAGGUUCCUCCUCUCUUCUCAGCCCUGAAGAAGGAUGGGAAGAGGCUGUCCAAUUUGUUGCGGGAAGGAGCAGAAGUGGAAGCAAAACCAGCCAGACCUGUGACCGUCUACAACCUGACAGUGACGGAUUUCCAGCCGCCACUCUUCACUCUCGAGAUUGAGUGUGGAGGUGGAUUUUAUGUUAGAAGUUUGGUUAACGAUAUUGGGAAAUCUUUAUCAAGUUGUGCCAGCGUAAAGGAGCUGAUCCGCACCAAACAGGGUCCCUUCACCUUAGAUGAACAUGCUCUGAGACAAGAGAAAUGGGACAUUGAUACAGUUGCCAAAGUACUACAAGAAUACGCUGCCCUUGUCCCAACAGAGUCACGGGUGAAAAGGUUAAAGACUGAGGACAAUGACAAAACCAGCAGCGCUCAAGACUAAAUUUGAGUUUCUACAGUAAACACUUCACUUUAAAGAGACAGAAAAUAACCCCAUUCAAACACUGAAGGAUUUGGCCAUGUUUGUUUACCAGACCCCUUGAAGUAUUGUGCACAGGAUCAAUGCUACAUGAGUUUGCCAAGUCCCUCCUUGUAGUUUGUGCUGAAUGGCUACAGUUAAUUGUGAGAUUCCUGUGAUACCGGCUAAUGCUGGUACUAUCCUCAGUUAACACUUCAUCUUUAUAUUGUUUUGUUGGGACAUUAGUGUGAGCAGAUGAUGAUAGUAUGGUUCUUUGUAUCAUUAGAAUCAGCAGAUGAGAUGAUUAUUGGGUUCUUUGUUUAGGACAUUAGCAGCUGGACUGUCAGACAAUAAGAUGAAUUAUAAUUAUUAGACAUUGUUUACAUUACUAUACAGUCUGUCACUCAGUUGCAUACACAGAGUUUUGCAUAGAAAUGUGUGUAUAUAUUUUUUAAUAAAAGUUUGAUUUACUGAUAAA